AUGUGCUGUGAUCCACUGCGCUACGACGGAUUUGGGAGUAGCAGCUGCUUCCCGGAGCUGCAGGGCUGGCAUGCGAGGCUUUGCUGCUCGGGCCUCCAGGAGCCGGCGAACAUCAUCCCUGACCUUUGGGCAUCGCUGUCGGAUGGGACUCUGCAACCACAGCAGCAGCCAAGCAGAUGGAUGAACGCUACCCGCCUACUGUUCGUGACCUACCACAAGUCUGGCACGACGCUCUCCUUGGCGCUUCAAAGCUCAGCGCAUCUUCGAAGGUGGGUUCUGGGCAGCGAAGGCCUGGCAGACGCUGGAGACGGCGACUGGCUUCGCACUCUCUGGACUCGAACGAGCCCUGGGUUCCAGCGCGGCAUGCACCAGUACCAGACGCGACGCGGGCGGCUGGUUCUGAUGAUCUCGCCCAAUGAGAUGGUGGAACCUGAGAUUCACGACCUGAUUCUGGAGGGUCGCGCCAAGCUUGUGCACGUGGUACGCAAGCCCACCGAGCUACUCGUGUCCGGCUACCUGUACCACCUCUGGGCUUACAAGGAGCCCUGGGCCAGGCUACCCCGGCCUCCUUCUUGCAACAACUGUGACCACGGCGCCUGGAGGAUGAUCUUCCGGACCUGUGACUUCCAGUGCUCGUACUUCCAGCUUCUUCAGAACUGCUCCAUGGCGAGCGGUUUGGAAUUGGAAGCCCUUCGGGCUCGAUGGGAGAUCUUGAAGAUGAUCUUCAACAUGAA